GCUCGUCUGGACUGUAUUGUGCGGUCUGUCUCCUUUCUCUCUCGCUCGCUCGCUCGCUCGCUCGCGUCGAGAAUUUGAGUGGAGAUGGCCGAGGGGAAACCCAAGAGCCAGUCCGGAGUCUGGACCACCGUCAAGCCCUUCGUCAAUGGCGGCGUCUCCGGCAUGCUUGCCACCUGUGUCAUCCAACCCAUCGACAUGGUCAAGGUUAGGAUCCAGCUGGGUCAGGGGUCAGCUGUCCAAGUUACAAAGAACAUGCUUGCCAACGAAGGGUUUGGCUCCUUAUACAAGGGACUGUCCGCUGGUUUACUUAGACAAGCUACUUAUACAACUGCACGAUUGGGUUCCUUUAGGGUAUUGACAAACAAAGCUGUUGAGGCAAAUGAUGGCAAACCACUGCCUUUGCUUCAGAAAGCUGCUAUUGGUCUUACAGCUGGAGCAAUCGGAGCAUGCAUAGGCAGUCCGGCAGAUUUAGCACUAAUCAGGAUGCAAGCUGAUGCAACUUUACCUGCUGCACAGCGACGAAACUAUAAAAAUGCUUUCCAUGCACUCUAUCGUAUUAUUGCUGAUGAAGGGGUUCUAGCUUUAUGGAAAGGUGCAGGUCCUACAGUAGUAAGGGCAAUGUCAUUGAAUAUGGGUAUGCUUGCUUCGUAUGACCAGAGUGUUGAGCUAUUCAGGGACUCACUUGGCUUUGGUGAAGUUAGCACAGUUCUUGGGGCAAGUGCUGUUUCUGGAUUCUUUGCAUCUGCUUGCAGUUUACCAUUUGACUAUGUGAAAACACAAAUACAGAAGAUGCAGCCUGAUGCCAAUGGAAAGUAUCCCUACACUGGGUCAUUAGAUUGUGCCAUGAAGACUCUGAAGUCCGGUGGUCCUUUCAAAUUUUACACUGGAUUUCCUGUCUACUGUGUGAGAAUUGCUCCGCAUGUCAUGAUGACAUGGAUAUUCUUGAAUCAAAUUCAGAAGGUUGAGAAGUCUAUGGGCUUAUAGAUAUCCAUUUAUUUGGGAUCCCUAUGCAUUGAUUGACUGUUCUAUGCUAAUACCUUGGUGAUUGAACUUCCGUAGGCUGGUUUUGGUAUAACACAGCCUUUGACUUACUCAAUUCACGGCAUGAUUUAGCGAAGGUGUAAUAAACUGUUGUUGCACGUGGGAAGUAUUACCAUACAGUCAUUUAGUUCGAUGCGCAACUCAAUUGGUAGUAAAACAUAACAUCUCUUGUUUCUCUUUCCUAUGUAUCUCAGCUUUCAUUUUCUCGAUAUCUGAUGAAUUUGUAUGUUGGCUUGGUCAAAAAAUUGAUCUAGGUUAAUUUAUUUAUAUCAUAACAUAUUA